AUGGCUGGUUCUACGAAGUACCUGUUGCUCGUCGCCAUUGCGAUACUGGUCCUGCUACCUACCAAAGUUGAUGCUUUUGGCGCGGGAAACAUUGCGUCCAUUUCGAAAAUCGAAGGAAAGAACUGGAGGCAUGGUGAUAUCGAAGACAUGCUCGCGACGGUCGCGUGCAUACGCGGUCACAAAUGGAAGUCGAUGAUGAUCAAGCGUGUAUACUUUGGCAACUGGCUACGAGACUAUUCACAGGCUGUCGACACUGCUACCCUGAGCAAAGUCCAGGGCGAGACUAUCCGCGUGCUUGUGUGGAUACUUGCGUUCAUGUCCUUUGGCUACGCUACUGGAGAGUUUGAAGUUACCGCCGAACGUUUGGGAACAUACCGACCCGAGGAGCACAUCGACAACCCCAAGGACUAUGCCGAUAAUGAGGAUGCUCGGAAAUACGACCCACGACUCCGGGGUCCAGUCGCGGAGAUUGAGCUUGCUGUCGACCCUAACACGGGCAUGAAGAACUACAUCGCUAACGAGCAAGGUGGAUGGGCGACAUCAGCAGGCUAUGUAAGAUAUUCCUUUUCCAGAGCGAUCCACUUUGGUAGGUUGUAUACCCACGGCCCCUCUGGUCAACGUGGACGGGAAGAAGAUCUUUGCGAAGCGCUGCGUUGUCUGGGCCAGGGUCUGCAUUGUCUUGAGGACUAUGGAGCUCACACAAACUAUACUGAGCUCGUUCUGCGCGAGCUGGGGCAUAACAAUGUUUUCCCACACGUUGGCACUCAGGCUGCCAUCAACCUCCGCGGCAAGCACGUCUUCCCGCUUAUAACUGGUACUUUUGGUGGUGUCGACUUCUUCCAUUCCGUGCUGGGAGAAGCGACAGAUCACAUCAGUUCUGCCGAGAUUGACCAGAUGGACACUACACUCUCCGACGCCUUGACAAGCAACACAAAGGGAAGUGGUCCUGGUGCUCUCGGCGGGCUCACCGAUGUGCUUUCUAAGGUCCCAGGUACAAGUGGCCUUAUUCAGGAGGCGCAAGCAUUACAGGCUUCUUCUGAUGCUCAAGCUGCGUCAAACUCAGGCCAUGGCUACCGCUCCGGAGGGUACGAUAACUUUGGUUCGCGUGAUGGUGGUCAGAAUCAAUUUGGAGGAGCACCUACCUUCGCAGCACCCCCAGGCUCUGUCGGAGGGCCUCCUGGUCCUGAUAUCCCAGGAACCAACACUGAUCCAGCAACGAUCAUUCCGAAGAUCUACCCUAUACUAGUCUUCAGAGACAGGGUAGUUCGUAGCAUCUCGGACAUCGUUUCCAAGAUCCCAGGUCUCGAGAAGCUGAUUGAUACCAUCACCGAGCGCGUCACACUCUUUGUGCUUUCGCUUCUUGCGCCUUUCGUUCUCCCUAUCAUCAAGAACGCAUCUGCGCAACUGAAGACUGGAUCUUCUGCUGUCGUCGAAAGCUCUGCCAAGCAUCAGUUUGAUGUCUGGAACAACCCUACAUCCACUGACCCCACGCACUCCAUGCUCUCGAAAGACCAUUUCUCCAACAUUCUCAACGAGCCAGCCGGCCAAGUCGCAGUCCAAAUCUUGCAGUUCGUUGUACCCCGCGUCAUGUACGCGUUUGACCACCCAGAUGUCUCCGUUGACCAAGUCCUCGAUGACUGCGUUAGCGUCUUCCAUCACCCUGCAAUGCGCGACCCGCGCUCAGAGGUGCACAACAACAUGUUCAAAGUUGUCAAGGACUGGGCACACGCCUAUCACGGUAAAGAUCUCAACGACAUCCUCAGUUCAGAGUCUGUGAAGGCAGGCCGGAACCACAAAGCAGGGGACGAUCAUGCCGGCCAUGGAGCAGCGGGACUGCAGUCGUUCCAGAGCCAAGGCGGACACAGCGGGCAUAGCCAUGGUGCGGGAAGUAACUACAACUUCGGCGCGAGCCACCAGCAGUCCUCGUCUUCUUCAGGUGGAGGUCUAUUUAGCAGUCUGACCUCGCAGCUCCCGGGCGGCCUGGGCAACGCAUUCUCCAGCUUCGGCAAGCGUGACGGUCCGGAGGGUGACUUCUCGAACCCUGCCGGUAGUUCUGCGUACCAACCUUCUCCUUCCCCGCAGCCCUCCCAGUGGGGCAACUUCCAGCCUUACCAGUCUAGCUACGAUGGGAGCCAGCCAUACCAGACUCCUGCUGAGCAUGCCAAUGCGCAGCCCGCGGGUGGUUAUGGAUGGGGCGAGGCGCAAUUUGCGAGCGGACAGGUGCAUGAGCCGAGCUUCAGUGUGCCGACUGGCUAUCAGCAGGGCUACGAGUACCACAGUAACCCAGCGCAGCCCGGGAACCAGUAUGGUCAGGGUCAGAACCAGGGUCAGGGUGAUGGCAGACAGUGGGGUGCUGGUGGAGGCAACUCCGGGUGGUAA